AAGGGAAUCCUAGGACAGUAAUAAUAGCGAUGUUUUACUAGGCGCUGACUUUGUGCCAGGCACCGUGCAAAACUGCGUAACGUUUAAUCCUCACAACCGCUCCUUUGAGUGAGGCACGCGAUUGCCCCAUCGCAUUUCCCUGAGGAGGAAGCUGACGUGCAAAACUUGCCCAAGACUCGGCCCGGCCGGCCGCGGAGAGGCGGCUGCCCUGGCGGCUCCGGGAAGAAGGGAAGUGGCGGGGGCGGGGCCGGCGGCCGGGGCGGGGCCUCGGGUUUGGCUGGGCCGAAGGCCGCGGAGACGCGCGGAGACGCGCGGCUGCGCCGGUGAGGUGUGGAUGGGGUCGCACCUGUUGCCGGACUGCCCCGCAGCCCAGCGACAAGAGUCCGGCCCCGAGUAUCCAGAGAGGGUGGAGAGACGCCCAGACGAGCUCCGGCUCCCGCUCUCUGGGGAGCACGUGGCCGGCCCGCCUCUCGAGUGCCGGGCUGGGGGUCGGGACUGCGGGGUCUCCAAGGCCAGGGCAGCGGUCUGGGUAGGCUGGGGGCCGCCUCCCUCCAGCCGGCACUUUUGAAAGACUGCCUUACUUCCCCCAUCUCAGGGUCAGGGCCGGGGCCCUUGGAGCGACUCGGCCGGGGUCUGGGCCGCAGCCCUCCUGUCCUCCGUCGGGACCCCGGCUUCCCGGCUGUGCAUACCCUGGCGGGCAGCCUCGCCGGUCCCCCUCGGGGAGCAGGCAUAAUGGCCUCAGAGGCUCGGGGUGGGCUGGGGGCCCCUCCGCUGCAGUCUGCCCGAUCCCUGCCAGGCCCUGCCCCCUGCCUCAAGCACUUCCCGCUUGACCUGCGCACGUCUAUGGAUGGCAAAUGCAAGGAGAUCGCCGAGGAGCUGUUCAGCCGCUCCCUAGCUGAGAGCGAGCUCCGUAGCGCCCCGUACGAGUUCCCCGAGGAGAGCCCCAUUGAGCAGCUGGAGGAGCGGCGGCAGCGGCUGGAACGGCAGAUCAGCCAGGAUGUCAAGCUGGAGCCGGACAUCCUGCUUCGGGCCAAGCAAGAUUUCCUGAAGACAGACAGUGAAUCGGACCUCCAGCUCUACAAGGAGCAGGGUGAGGGACAGGGCGACCGGGGCCUGCGGGAGCGCGAUGUGGUGCUGGAAAGAGAAUUUCAGCGGGUCACCAUCUCUGGGGAGGAGAAGUGUGGAGUACCAUUCACAGACCUCCUGGACGCAGCCAAGAGUGUGGUGCGGGCUCUUUUCAUCCGGGAGAAGUACAUGGCCCUGUCGCUUCAAAGCUUCUGCCCCACCACCCGCCGGUACCUGCAGCAGCUGGCCGAGAAGCCUCUGGAGACGCGGACCUACGAGCAGGGCCCCGACACCCCUGUGUCCGCUGAUGCCCCGGUACACCCCCCUGCGCUGGAACAGCACCCGUAUGAGCACUGUGAGCCCAGCACCAUGCCUGGGGACCUGGGCUUGGGUCUGCGCAUGGUGCGGGGCGUGAUGCACGUCUAUACCCGCAGGGAACCCGAUGAGCAUUGCUCAGAGGUGGAGCUGCCAUACCCUGACCUGCAGGAAUUUGUGGCAGACGUCAAUGUGCUGAUGGCCCUGAUUAUCAACGGCCCCAUAAAGUCAUUCUGCUACCGCCGGCUGCAAUACCUGAGCUCCAAGUUCCAGAUGCAUGUGCUGCUCAACGAGAUGAAGGAGCUGGCUGCCCAGAAGAAGGUGCCACACCGAGAUUUCUACAACAUUCGCAAGGUGGACACGCACAUCCAUGCCUCGUCCUGCAUGAACCAGAAGCAUCUGCUGCGCUUCAUCAAGCGGGCGAUGAAGCGACACCUGGAGGAGAUCGUGCACGUGGAGCAGGGCCGCGAGCAGACACUGCGGGAGGUGUUCGAGAGCAUGAAUCUCACUGCCUACGACCUGAGUGUGGACACGCUCGAUGUGCACGCGGACAGGAACACCUUCCAUCGCUUUGACAAGUUCAAUGCCAAAUACAACCCUAUUGGGGAGUCCGUUCUCCGAGAGAUCUUCAUCAAGACCGACAACAGAGUUUCUGGGAAAUACUUUGCUCACAUCAUCAAGGAGGUCAUGUCGGACCUGGAGGAGAGCAAAUACCAGAAUGCGGAGCUGCGGCUCUCCAUCUACGGGCGCUCAAGAGACGAGUGGGACAAGCUGGCACGCUGGGCUGUGAUGCACCGUGUGCACUCUCCCAAUGUGCGCUGGCUCGUGCAGGUGCCCCGCCUCUUUGAUGUGUACCGUACCAAGGGCCAGCUGGCCAACUUCCAGGAGAUGCUGGAGAACAUCUUCCUGCCACUGUUUGAGGCCACCGUGCACCCUGCCAGCCACCCGGAGCUGCACCUCUUCUUGGAACAUGUGGAUGGCUUUGACAGUGUGGAUGAUGAGUCCAAGCCUGAGAACCACGUCUUCAACCUGGAGAGCCCCCUCCCUGAGGCCUGGGUGGAGGAGGACAACCCACCCUAUGCCUACUACCUAUACUACACCUUCGCCAACAUGGCCAUGCUGAACCACCUGCGCAGGCAGAGGGGCUUCCACACAUUUGUGCUGAGGCCGCACUGCGGGGAGGCUGGGCCCAUCCACCACCUGGUGUCGGCCUUCAUGUUGGCUGAGAACAUCUCGCACGGGCUGCUUCUGCGCAAGGCCCCGGUCCUGCAGUACCUGUAUUACCUGGCCCAGAUAGGCAUCGCCAUGUCCCCGCUCAGCAACAACAGCCUCUUCCUCAGCUACCACCGGAACCCACUACCUGAGUACCUGUCCCGUGGCCUCAUGGUCUCGCUGUCCACUGAUGACCCCCUGCAGUUCCACUUCACCAAGGAGCCGCUGAUGGAGGAGUACAGCAUCGCCACCCAGGUGUGGAAGCUCAGCUCCUGUGACAUGUGUGAGCUGGCACGCAACAGUGUGCUCAUGAGCGGCUUCUCCCACAAGGUGAAGAGCCACUGGCUGGGACCCAACUAUACCAAGGAGGGCCCCGAGGGCAACGACAUCCGCCGUACCAAUGUGCCGGACAUCCGCGUGGGCUACCGCUACGAAACGCUGUGCCAGGAGCUGGCACUUAUCACGCAGGCCAUCCAGAGCGAGAUGCUGGAAACCAUCCCAGAGGAGAUGGGUGUCACAAGCCCGGGGCCUCAGUGAGCCUGGCCCGCACAGUGCCCACUGCGUCUCAGCAUCUUGGCCAUGUUUUGUCCUUGGACCCCUCCCACCCUGCUCUGGUCUCUGCAUGUGUCCGUUCUUCUUUGUUCUGUCCUGCAUGUUUCUGACCUAUAUCUGUCCCUGUGCCACCCCAGUGAGAGUGGUGUCCAGGAUCUGCUCUGCCCUUGUCUUGGCUCAUGUGGCACCUGAUGGCCCAGGUUUGAGGGCUGCCCUGCUGGUAGCCCUGUCUCAGGAUCCUCUGAAGCCUAGCUGUCCACAGGGGCUAGGGUUGGUUGUGGGGGGCUGGCCCCUCUAGCCCUUAGGGUCCUGCCUGGGCAAAUCUGAGCUUUGGCCAUGGCUUGCGUUUAGGCCCCCACCUGGUUCAUGUGCCUGAGGGGCAGUCAGGGUGGAGCCUGUACAUGUCUGCUGCAGGCAUGGGGCUGCCGGGGGUCUGCGGGCUCCAGAAGCUCUGCGUGGCUAGAGUUGGGCUGAGAGCUCAGUCACAGCCCUGGUGCCUGGAAUCGGGCCUCGGAGGUGCUGGACCACCACCUCUGCCAAGUCACUGCCAGCAGCCUUCUCCGUCCUUCCUCCGGUCCACGUGCUCCUUUGGUAUCAGCUUCGUGUGCUUCUGUGGGAGGGAGCAGCCACCCUGUGCCAUGUCUGGGGCCACUGCAGCCGGAGGGUCCUGGAUCUGCCACCAGCCCUGAGGGUGGCAUUCCUGGUAUGGUCCCCAGAAUUUUGACCAGACCUGGACCCUGGCUGGUCCCCUGUGUUGUGUCCUGGACCGAGGCCUUUGCUGUGAAAUGCAGUGUUUCAUACAAUCCCAUCUUUCCUAGUGCAUGAGAAAUAAAGAUUAUUUAAGUAAUGCG